AUGAUUAUUAAUCGUAAAUUUGUUGAGAGAGAUACCACCACAUCGGAUGAUAGUAGUAGUAAUAAUGAUAAAUUAGGUUCUCCUGUGGUGAUUGCUCUUAUUAUUAUUGCUGUUGCAGUUCUUGUAAUUGGAUUAAUUAUCAUUUUAUUCAUUUUCUUCCGUCGUCGAAAAAAGCCUAAAUCAAGUCGUGGAUUAAAACCACUUCAUUUAUCAGCAGCGAUUUCACCUGAACCAUAUCGUAAAGAAAUGCGUAAGAAAUCUCAACCCAAAGCUCCUUCUCCUUAUGAAUUAGCAGAGGAAGCGAAAGAAGAAGCAUUUGAAGAAUCUUUUUCGGAAGGUGCAGUAGGAACACGAAAUUUACCACAAAGAUCACAAACUAUGUAUGGAACUACACAACCUUCGACCUUAAUGGCAGAUUUAUCGUCAUCUUCUCCACAUUAUGAUGUAAUGCAACAACAACAUCAUUUCAUUAUGAGCAAAUCUCCUCGAUACAUAUCUGCCUCUAAAAUGCAAGAACGAUUUGGAAUUUCAUCAAGCAGUCUCAGGAGGUGGAGUACAGGUGGAAGAGUACAAACCAUUCAAACUCCCGGAAGAUUUCAAUUUUAUCAACUUUUUGAUGUCAACAACUCUUCUCUAAAAAGAACAACAAAAAGCAAAAAUAUGCACCAAGAAAGACAAUUAAAGAUCUCCAAGACAAGCAUUCAAACCAUGAAAUCAUCAAAGACAUUUGUUCUACAAAUGCAAGGGAUUCAAUACUAUUGGAAAAGUUUACAAAGGAAAUGUCCGUCAAAUAAGGAAAAACGGCAAUUUUUUUGA